ACAACAGACCUUAUUGGGAGAGAGGAAACUCCAACCUCUUCCCGGGUUUCUCAAUUACCGGUAAUAGUUUUUUAGGGUACGAUACCCCACGCUUGUACAACGACCAUGAUUGGGGCGCAGUCAAGCGGGUGGGGCUAUAUAACAACCUGCUGCGCUGCUCGUAUGAUACUCAGUAACUUAGGGCGAUCCCCCCUCCCCUAUUUUCUUCUGGUGAAAUUCUACUACCGGCAGGUAUUCACAUUCGUUUCUUUGAUUCCCACACAUUCCAUUAGUCUUACCGUACUCAUCACCCCCGAACUUUCCAGGGACGUCCCCCCUACAAAACAUGGCUCUGGAGUCUUCGCAAGACCUAGUCGAGCACUACCGACUGGAAACACGCUUUGUGGAAGGCAGCGUUAGUCACACUAUCUACUCACCCCCUGGGCGCGCGCGGGGGGAAGAAUGGAGACGUGCGCAAGUAAUUGGGAGAGGAGGUUUUGGUGUAGUACACUUAGAGCAUGGCCCGAAGAAUCGUGUUCGAGCUGUUAAAGUUGUUGAAAAGGCGACCUUCUCGCGUGGCUUGGAUUUUACUAGGGAGUUGGCUAUCAUGGGUUUCUUGACAAAGGUUUGUGUGUCAUUCUGCUAGGUGGAAUGUUUCUGGAUCUGAUGGCGGGAUAGAAUCGUGCCUCGUUAUUCGUGCAAUUCUUCGGCUGGUUCGAGAAUAGCGAAAAUUUGUAUAUCGCUAUGGAGUACUUUGAGAAAGGGGACCUAAGACAGCACCUCGGUGAACAAAUGUCGGUGCCCACGGCAAAGCUACUAGCCAGACAGCUUCUGGAGGGGUUAAGUGUCAUGCACAUGAACGGGAUUGCUCAUCGGGAUUUAAAACCCGAGGUAUUUAUUCACUCAUCUAGCCCGUCAUACAAGCAUAGAAACGACCGAAGCUAAUUUAAACGGAGGGGGGAACAGAACAUAUUUGUAGUCUCCCUCUCCCCCCUCCGUGUGAAACUCGGCGACUUCGGCGUAUCAAAGUGCGUCAACGAACACACCGUACUCCGCACGCAGAUCUUCACGCGCUCAUAUUCCGCGCCGGAAAUCCUUGGAGUGUUAGAUUCCUCACUGGAGACGUCAGAGUACACCCGCGCAGUCGAUAUUUGGUCGCUGGGAUGCGUCAUGUUCGAGGUUCUGACCGGGAGCGUACUCUUCCGGAUGGAGUGCUUCGUUUGGCAUUUCUGCUACGGGAAAGCUGAGCUUAUGCUUGAGCCUUUGAGGGAGGCUGUGGGUGGGGAGGGCGGGUUUGAGUUUGUGCGCGGGCUGUUGUCGCCGGAGCCUGUAGGAAGACCGAGUGCUGUGGAGGCGCUCCGUGAUCCUUGGUUGGAGGUGCCUGAGAUCGUGAGAGUGAAGGAGAGAGGGAGUGUAUUUGCUUGUGCGGUGUCAAGGCCACAAAUCCGUAUCCGAGAGCUGCCCCCGAUUCCCCCCGGACCUCUCCCGCGUGUAUUCCGCUUCAACGAAAUUCUGGAAAAACCCUUAGUUCGAUACCUGGGGCUCGGUAAUAGCGGCAGCUCCGGUGGAGAAGAAUCCGCCAUACACGGUGCUAAUGGCGGCGCAAGCCUGCGUGAACUCCUCUACGCAACACUCACCCACGGACGCGGCUCCAGGGGAGAAGAUACCGGUGGAGAACUUACCAAGAUACUACCACUAACCAAAGGCUCCAAAAAUCUCCUCGUUGUCUGCCUCAAGGGACUUCUCGCACUGGCAUCUGUAUUAUCUGUUCGACCGAAAUAUCGCCAAGACCACCCCGGAGGAUCCACUGGUGACCCGAUUGGAUCUCUCUUCGCAUCUGCCCUGGGACUUUGGUUGAUACACGAGAUGUUUAGGUUGAUCUUCCGCCCACUGUUUCUCCAGCGGAGGCCGGUGAUAGCGGGGGAGAAAGGGGGUUCCAGAUUUUUCGGUCUGUCGACUCUGGAUGCAUGGGUUUUCUACUUUUUGACGGCUGCUUUGGAGGGGGUUGGAAAGACUGGGGUUGGAAAAGUUGGGGCAUAUGUUGGUGGAAGGUGUGGGAAGAGUACUCUUGGGAUUGUUGGGUUUGAUCUGGGUAACUAGGGGGGACGUUGCUGAUCUGCUGAUGUGGGAACUAUUGGAGAACUGUGUCUGGGCCGGGUUUACACUUUUUGCGUAGUGACCUGAAGUGGGUUCAGAGGGGCCAUGCCCCCCCACACUUCCAUAGGAUACUGGGAGCAUGUAUGGAUAGAAUUAGUGACCGUGUGUAACAAACAAGAUAUCAAUAAAAGAAUAUUUCCUUGGUC